AUGACUGUUAGCAUUUCCAAGAGCAAUCUUCUACGAUUUGAGCCUGUGAAGUCCUUCAGAGUUUCUGAUAAAGAAUUGGGACCUAUAACUUCAGUGACAUUUGAUGACCAUGGCCAGUACUUGUUGACUGCAACUGCUAGUGAUAAUAUGCAUCUAUAUGAUGCAGUAAGUUGCAGGUUUUUGAAUACCAUCGCUUCUAAAAAAUACGGAUGUCAUUCCGCAAAGUUUACACAUGCGCAAUCAGAAUGUAUCUAUUCAUCCACUAUGAAAUCGUUUGACAUAAGGCAUUUGAAUCUUGAAACAAACACAUACCUUAGAUAUUUCCAGGGCCAUGGUGCUCUAGUGAGCGAUAUACAAAUGUCCCCGUUGGAUGAUACUUUUUUGUCUGCAUCGUAUGACGAAUCGGUAAGACUUUGGGAUUUGAGAAGCUCCAAGGCACAGGCCCUUAUACCAAGUUUAGUCCCCACAUGCAUUGCUUACGAUCCAAGCGGGCUUGUGUUCGCCAUUGGUAACCCUGAGAACCAUGAAGUCGGUUUAUAUAACGUAAAACAUUUGAAGGCGGGCCCAUUUUUAGUUAUAAAUGUGGAUCCAAGCUUUGAUCAGUGGAAUAAAUUGGAGUUUUCAAACGAUGGUAAAUAUUUGUUGCUUGCGUCGUCCGCUGGAAAACAUUUGAUCAUGGAUUCCUUCGAUGGUACACAGUUAUUUGAAUUAUCAGGAACUAAACCUUUCCCAUUGAGAGAGUUCAUGGAUUCUGGAUCCGCAACGUUCACUCCAGAUGGACGCAUUACAUUGGGAACUGAUUACACUGGGAAGAUCGCGAUAUGGAACCACGCAGACUUCAUCAGUGGUAGGACGCUCAAACCUCAAGGAUUUAUUAACGCCGCACCAAAUACAUGUCCCAGAACUAUUGCAUUCAAUCCUAAAUAUAGCAUGUUUGUCACUGCAGAUGAAACUGUAGAUUUCUACGUAUAUAACGAAUGA